GUUGCGGCGUUGUUUUUGAGAGCGAAAUGCACCGGUCGCAUCCGAAACCAACUAGCUUUUAUCGCGUAAAAAACUAAAUUGCCGAGCUAUCAAGUGUUUGAGCCAGCACCUACAACUAUGGCUGUGUCCGCCAUAUCUCUCAGAGCGCGAGCCAAGUUGCACGAGUUGCUCGCGAGGUCGUUUCUGAGUUCGUCAGCAUCACGCAAGAUGUUUAGCUCGUCCACUUCGAACGGUAACCUCGUCGCCGUGUGCCAAGUGACGUCCACGUCGGAUAAGGCGGCCAACUUUGAAACGUGCUCCGCGCUCAUCCACAAGGCACAGGAGAGAGGAGCCAAGGUGGUCUUUUUGCCAGAAGCAGUCGACUUCAUAGCGGAAAAGAAGGCACAAGCGUAUGAACUGGCAGAGCCGCUGGACGGUCCAAUUGUUACCCAGUACAAGGAACUCGCAAAGAAGCUGGGUGUGUGGCUCUCACUUGGCAGCGUCCAUGUUAAGGAUCCAAAAGAAGCAAGCAAUCGCAUUUACAACAUGCAUGUGAUCAUCAACAGCACGGGAGACACGAUAGGAACCUAUAGCAAGGUGCACCUCUUCGACGUUGCUGUUGGAACGGUGAGGAGCCGAGAGUCUGACUACACAGUUGCGGGGUCGGCGAUCCCCACACCUGUCGCCACGCCUGCUGGAAAAGUAGGCCUUGGAAUUUGCUAUGACCUGCGGUUUCCCGAAUUCUCUCUCAGCCUGGCCAAAAUGGGGGCCGAGAUAUUGACGUACCCGUCGGCGUUUACAGUGCCCACCGGAAUGGCUCACUGGGAGGCGAUGAUGCGAGCGCGUGCCAUUGAGAACCAGUGCUACGUUGUAUCUGCGGCUCAAGUUGGACAGCACAAUGCCAAGCGGUCUUCUUACGGACAUGCACUGGUCGUCGAUCCGUGGGGUUGUGUAGUGGCCCAAUGUUCAGAUGGAAUCGGCCUGGCAUUGGCCGAGAUCAACCACGAUCUGCUCAAGAAGGCGCGACGGGCCAUCCCAGUCUGGGACCACCGGAGGACCGACCUCUAUGGUAACCUCUCACCAUGUUGGGACUCCAAAGACAAAGUAAUACCAGACAAGGCCCAGUACCAAUUUGGCCAGGUGACGUUGGAGGCAUCGCAGCUCUUCUUCAAGACUUCCCUGUCAAUGGCCUUCGUUAACAAGAUGCCUGUGCUUCCAGGACAUGUCCUGGUGGCGCCAAUCAGGCCAGCACUUCGGUUGAGUGACCUAUCCACUGAAGAAGUUCAAGACCUCUUCCUGGUUGUCCAGAGGGUACAGAGUGUGGUAGAAAAACACUUCGGUGCCAGUUCUUCUACAGUGUCUAUUCAGGAUGGUCCUGAUGCAGGCAGAUCCAUAAACCACAUUCAUGUGCAUGUGCUUCCAAGAAAACCGGGUGACUUUACUCAUAAUGACAAUGUCUAUGUCAAGCUUCAAGAGCAUGACAAGGAUGAUAAAAAGCCCAAAAGGUCUGUUGAGGAAAUGGCGGAAGAAGCACGGACGCUGAGGGCGCUAUUUCGAUGACAAAUGUCAACCUUAUGGUUCUGAAAGUACGCCUUAUUCGCAUAGUUCCUGCACAUUAACUGACAGAUAUGUGUAAUUUUUGUUAAUAAAUGUGACAUAAUGGCUUUUUUAUAAA